AUGGCUUGGAAGCAUGCGGCUGAACUGUUCAAGAACCAUAUUGGUCACACCAAGACCAUGUGCCUGAAGCUGAAAUUGUUUCGCUCUCGCCACCGCAUUUUCAUCCGUGUGCUGCGUCUGAAGACAAGUUUCGGAAAUAAACGAUGGGUCAUCUUUUUCGUGAUAUGCAGAGGCAAAGACUCUUCCUCAUUGCCAGAUCUGGGCGUUGCUCGUUAA